CACCCCAGCCCAGCCUCUUUUGCAACUUUCCCAAGUUUGUGCAUGAGAGGGAGAGGAGGAAAACUCAGAAGGAAGUGGCUUAGCCUCAACAAACUCUUUUUUACUCCCAAAGCCUUUUUCCUCUGACCCGGCUGAGACUGCUGCUCUAAGAGGAGACCCCCGACUCAGAGAGAACCCCCGCCUGCCGUCAGAGGCUGAAAGGGCCCUGCAAGCUUUUCUCGGUUCCUGUCUAUUCCAGCAGCCCCAGAGGGUGGAUACAUUUGUCAUUUUCCAAGGCGUGGGAGCACAGAGGGGAGGCUGUGACGUGGGGCUCUGAAGCCCCUCCAUGAAUCCUCGGAAGAAGGUGGACCUCAAGCUCAUCAUCAUCGGAGCCCUGGGUGUUGGAAAGACUUCCCUCCUCCACCGAUUCGUGCACAAGACAUUUUACGAGGACUAUCAGACCACACUGGGAGCCAGCAUCCUCUCCAAGAUUAUCAUACUGGAUGACACAACUUUGAAGCUACAGAUCUGGGACACAGGAGGACAGGAGCGAUUCCGCUCCAUGGUGUCUACAGUCUACAAAGGCUCUGAUGGCUGCGUCCUGGCUUUUGAUGUCACUGACGUGGAGACCUUUGAAGCCCUGGAAACCUGGAGGGGUGAUGUUCUAGCCAAAACCAUUCCAAUGGAGCAGUCCUACCCCAUGGUGGUGCUGGGGAACAAGAUCGAUCUGGCAGACCGGCAGGCCUCGGACCUGGCGGAUCCUAAGGCACUGCAACCUAUGGUUUCACCCAGCAAUUUCCUUCAAGUGAUAUGGAUACCAUGGGUUUGGGCAAAAGCAGUGGAAAGAUUUUGUCAGCCAGAGUGGUUGAACUGUCCUGUAAAGAAUUGUAAGAAGGACUUCCCUGGUGGCGCAGUGGUUAAGAAUCCGCCUGCCGAUGCAGGGACACAGGUUCGAGCCCUGGUCCGGGAAGAUCCCACAUGCCACGGAGCAACUAAGCCCGUGCGCCACUACUACUGAGCCUGCACUCUAGAGCCCAUGAGCCACAACUACUGAAGCCUGCAUGCCACAGCUACUGAAUCCCGUGCGCCUAGAGCCUGUGCUCCGCAACAAGAGAAGCCACUGCAAUGAGAAGCCCGUGCACCACAAUGAAGAGUAGCCCCCGCUCACCACAACUAGAGAAAGCCCUCGCGCAGCAACAAAGACCCAAUGCAGCCAAAAAUAAAUAAAUUUAAAAGUAUAUAAAUUUAUUUAAAAAAAAAGGAUUAGCCAGAAAUAGACUAACAUGGUUGAUAUUCACAUGGGAAUAUCAGUAAUUCCUUUUUUCCCUUCCAGGUUUAUAUAUUUCCCAAGGUUUCUUUAAUAGGUUUGUAAUUUUUAAAUCAUAGAAAACAUUUUUUAAUCCUUAAGCACAGACAUACAUAUUUUAUAUAAUUGCUCUUAAGAAGAAUAAAUUUUAUAUUUUGCUUUCUUUUACUUAUGUUUCCAUAGUUCAAGACUUUUAAAAAUUAUUAUUUAAGAAGCUGCGUAAUAUAAAACUUUUGGAAUGUACAUAAGAAGCUAUUAACAGUAAUUACCUCUGGGAACAGGGACCAGCCCUCACAUUUUAUGCUUUUAUACUUUUUGUACUUUUACCAUGUAUUACUCUUCUAAUAAAUAAAUACUAUUACAUUUUUAUUGAUUAAAAAAAAAUGCAUGUGAGAUGGAAAAGCAUCAUAAAUAAAAGUCUGCAAAGUGGACUAAUUUUGUCAAACAUUUGACCUCUGAUGAACAAGCCAAAUUGUAACAGGGAAAGUAAAAUGUUAAUAGUAUGUUGUCAGCCAAAACAAAAUCAAUGGAAGUAACACUUCAAAAUUUUCAUACUUCCCAUGUCCCCACGGCUGACACCCUGAGUUUAUUUCCACAGUCAGAGCCUAAAUUAUAAAUAGCUGUUAUUUUAUAAAUAAAAGAAGACAAGAUGAUUUUUAACAUCAUGAAGCUGUAACUAGAAUUGGAAGGGAAAAGUGCUGUGUGGGUCAUUUUCUUCGCAGGGCGACAUUCUGAGGUUGAGUGGGAGAGGUGAGGGGAUAUAAAAGGAAUGUUAAUUUGCAACACAAUCUCAACUGACAUUCUAGAGUGUGUAUUUAAUCACUACUCCAUAAAAACCAGACAGAGAAUGAGCCGGGAGAAGUGAGAGAAAAUGUCUGUCAUAACCGGACUCUGGGCAGGCCCAGUCACUGUCAGUGGUAGAGAAGGGACAGAGAGGUCAUCGGGCUGUAGGUGUGGGCUUGUCUUCCUAGCUUUGUCUCCGGGUGACCUUGGGCACCAGUCUGGGCUUCAGCUUCUCAUGCCAUAGCAUAUGAAGACUCUCCCUGCCUCUUGGAGAAUCAGAGGCACUUGACUUCAUUGCAAUUUACUACCAUUUUUCCUGCAACUCCUGAGCACCGAUGAUGUGCCCGGAAAAAUGCUCAUUAGCUGGUGGCCGCGGGGCGGCGGCAGGAUAUAAAGAAGGGGGAGCAAUGAGAAGGGUAAGUCCAGUCCUUGCCCUAAAGUCUUUUUUUUUUAACUUUUUUUCUUUUCUUUUCUUUCUUUCUUUCUUUUAUUUAUUUAUUUUUGGCUGCAUUGGGUCUUCAUUGCUGCGUGUGGGCUUUCUCUAGUUGCGGCGAGUGGGGGCUACUCUUCGUUGAGGUGCGCGGGCUUCUCAUUGCCAUGGCUUCUCUUGUUGCGGAGCGUGGGCUCUAGGCACACCUGCUUCAGUAGUUGUGGCGCACGGGCUUAGCUGCUCCGCAGCAUGUGGGAUCUUCCCGGACCAGGGCUCGAACCCGUGUCCCCUGCAUUGGCAGGUGGAUUCUUAACCACUGCACGACCAGGGAAGCCCACCCUAAGGUCUUUUAAAGAACUUUAAAAGAUGCAAAACCUUUGGGAUUCCAAAGAUGCCAUCAAGGUAUUAUGACAACCUGUUAAUUCCUAAUGAUUAUUUAUUUGUGUGUUACUAGUGAGGAAAAUAAUAAUCAGCCAUGUGGCCAUCCUUGAUUCUUCAUCCAAAUAGUUCAGGAUUUUCCCGGAGCUGUGAGGCUUCUUGGAUGCUCACCAGACCAGGGACAUCUAUGCUCCACAGAAGAGAGCAGUCGUGGCCAGUUCGGGGGCCCCUCGCCCCAAAAGGCAGGAGGACCUUAGAGAUCAGAGGCCAAGACCAGGGCCUGGACUCUCUCCCUGCUCUGCUCAAGUGCAGCAGCUCCGGGGAGACUGAGCGUGGGGGGCCAGAGGUGUCAUCCGGGCUCCCCAAAGGGCAGACUGCUUAGCUGACCCCAGUUUCUCCCCUCCAGUCUUAGGAAGCGAGCCUCACAAUACCAGAGCAAUGCCACUGGACAACAGAGGCUUUGUGAAAGAGAGCCAUGAGCCCCUGGGCCCUGCUGCCACUCCUGAGGCCGGGACAGCAAAGGCCAAAGAGACAGGGGACAGUGAUGGUUCCUUUAAUCCCAGUAAGCUAGACUUCCCAGAACCUGCAGGAGACAAUUUGACAAGGAACAGUCUCAGAUCUCCCCCUGGCUGCCCUGGGUUCAGGGAAAGGGGCAGAAUGAUUCUUUCUCCAGGAGAAAAACCUUGGCUCCCUUAAAGUGAAAUAAUGGUUAUAAAGUAUCAGGCACAGCAAAUAUCAAUAUAUGGUCAUUCCCUCUUCCCCAAAAUAAUUGAUUAGACUAAACUCAGUUGAACCAAUUGUCUUUGGAAGUAACCCACAGGGCUGCCAGAACAUUCUCCAAUCUAACAUCCUCAAACUGUGACUGGUGUUUGCAUUUGGGUAGAGACGUAUUCAUUCAGCCUGUACUGAGUGGCUCAUGGUGCCAGGCCAAGAGCUAAAAGUCCUGACCCUGAGUUCAAGAAACCUGCAGUCCGGUGGGAGAGACAGAACAGCAGCACAAUUCUUGUGCAGUGCCCUGAAGAGGGCAGCGCAGGUGCCAUGGGAGCACUGAGCUGUGGCUGGCUGCAGCCUUUCUUAGCUGUGUGAUCUGAGGCAAGCUGCGGAAACUCCCUGAGGCUCAGUGUUCUUAUCUAUAAAGUGAAGCUAAAAAGACCCAUUUCACAAGGUUGUUAGAGGAUUAAGUGAGUAAAUAUGAUCAGAUGUCUAACCUAGUAUCUGGCCCAGAGUGGGAGCUUACCAACUGUUCCAAAGACUCUACCCUGGGGAAGAAGGGUUAACAGGGACCUGAGUCUCUGCCCAGCAGCGUGGGCCUGGUCAGCCAGCUCAGGAGAAGGAAGCCCUCCCUCCCUGGCUAGUGUCUGUUAUGUCCACCUCCCUUUGAAGGGACUGAGGAAGGAGUCAAUGGCAGUAGGAAGCUCCUAGUGUAGACCUUAAGAAGAUGGGAUAGUGCAGAGGGCUCUAAUUCUGCCAAGGCUGUAUUCAAGCCCUGCUCAGCCCCACACACUCCAGUCCUCGGUCUCCUCGUGUG